AUUGCUGGACUAUAAAAUCUAUUGUUGCGUUUAUUCCAAUUAUUAUGAAUCUCUUAAAUUAUUCAACUACUACUGUUUUUAACUAUUGUCCAAAAUUAUCUCGUGCAUUUUUUGCAUCCUUUCGGCCAAACAAUCAAUUCGAAUCUCUUAUUUUAUCUUGGAAAACUAAAGUAGCUAAAAUAGUUGAUAUUAAAGAAGAUACUUUAACUGCAACACCUCUUCAACUUCUUUCAAUUACCCUAAACCGUAAGGAAAUAAUUAACAAUAUCCCAUCAAUUCAAACUCCACCAGACGAAACUCCAUUACCUCCAAAUUAUCAUUUAGCAUAUUUUUUGCCAAGAGAUUAUGAAAAUGAACUAUCAUCUGACGGAUAUAAAACCAAAUUUUCACCUCCUGCACCAUUUUUAAGACGUAUGUGGGCAGGUGGUGAAUUAAAAUUUAAUCAAGAAAAUCCUUUAAAAAUUGGACAAAAGGUUAAAAUGACUACUAAAGUUCGUGAUGUAGAAUAUAAAAUGGGUAAAUUAGGAAAAAAUGUUUUUGUCUGGCUUGAUAAAGAAAUUGUCAAUGAAAACGGAUGUAGUUUAAUAGAUUCAAGAUGUAUAGUUUAUAUGCCAGCUAGUGAAGAGAAUAAGCCCAAACCUCCGAGAAAAAUUAUCAAAGAAAAUAUAUCAUCUGAAUUUGAGAAAGUCAUAUUUCCUACUUCAAUUUUAUUAUUUCGAUAUUCAGCUUUAACUUUCAAUAGUCACCGCAUACAUUAUGAUCAUAUUUAUUCGACCAAAACUGAAGGGUAUCCUGGUUGUUUGGUCCACGGACCACUCACUUGUACCCUUCUUCUAGAUCUAAUUCGCGAUAAUUUGCCAAAUACUUCAUACAUCAAAACAUUCUCUUACAGAGCAAUGAGUCCUUUAUAUGUUGGUGAAGAGUUUAAAAUAUGUGGGAAAAAGAGUGAUACUAAUGAUAAAUUUAUUGAUGUUUGGGCUGAAAAUAUACAUGGAGGAAUUGCCGUCACUUACGUGCUUGUUAUAGGUGCUAGCAUUCCUGUGAUGGUUACAACAAAUAAAAUCAACCAUUUCUUUCGUGAAUGGAAAUUUUUUGGAUCAUUGUCUUUUAAAGUCAAAUCAGAGUUUUUAGUAACUUCAGUGUCUUCGGUUACUUCAGUAACUUCAGUAACUUCAGAGACUUCAGAGAUUUCAGAGGAAAUACUUCUCAUUAUAGAAAUAAAUAUGAAUGUCUAA